GCGAUUGGUGUGAGCGGCUCAAAACGUACGCAAUCGCGCGCCUUUUUCGUAUUGACGUUUAUAAAUUUGAAUUUCGAAUUUCACUUUUUUAACGCCAGUAAUGUUAUUUUUUUAAUUGUUUUAUAAUUUGUGUGUUUUAUGAUGCCAGAAUGCCUAAAAAUAUGAGAACAAACUUUUUAAAAAUAACCAAUCUGAACUAGUCAAUCCGCUGAGAACAAUGAAUGAUUGUAAAAUGUUAAGAAUUGUUGUUUUUAUAUUUUUAAUUGUAAGUGCAGUGAAUGUGAAGUGUAAAGUGGAAGAGAUUCUUAGCCGAGACUUGCCCAUUUCAUUUAAUCAGACAAAACUAUCCCAAGAUGUAUGUUCAUAUUUAUUUUUUGACGAGAAUGAAACCACUUACUCGUACUGUCAGAAGAAAUUUCUGAGACCUUACCGAAAACUUACAACGUCAGUACCGCCGACUUUAACAGUGAGAUGCCAAAGUAAAGAUAGCGUUACCUUUAUGAGGAGGUCGCAAGAGGGCUGGCAACUUGUUGUCCUGGUACCACAUGAGGAGGACUUCGAACGUGCGGUAUCUUUCACGAUACUGGAGAGUACCGAUACAAUCGGUCAAUUAAGUACAGCGCCAUCUAGGAACUAUACGCUGUGGACAACAUUACUGGCUAGCGAUGGCAGUCCAUUACUAUGGCUGCGUGGUCCAGAUGUAUAUGUGUGGGCCAGUCCACCACAUGUUGAUUACGACGUUAAGACUAAAAUGCUGUUACGUCAGUACAAGAAUGGCACCCGAUAUAUACCAGCUGAGUUCACCUGGAAUGCUAUUGAUGAAUCUGAUUCUUGCUUUAAUUUUGUGAACAAAUGCAACAAAGACAUUCAAGGAGAUUUCUUCUCGGACAGUAUACCGCCAGAUGGCAACCGUUCUGUGGUGAUAGACAAGCUACCACUUGACGACAUCUGCGUUCUCAUGCUGACGGGCAAGUACGGACAGACGCUGGUGAAGUACCGCACUCCGGAGUGCUACGAUAUACUGGGAUGUGUACCACUGCCGGAGAAAUUCAGCGACGUGUCAACGAAGGUAACGGAGAUGUACGGAAACUGGCGCGUCCUCGUGAGUUGGAAGCGACCGCGCCUUACCCCGCUAUACUACAAUGCGUCCCUGUAUGCUGAUAUUAUGUACAGUGUUAUAGUACCCGGAAAUGCAACGGAGGUAAUAUUCGAUGAUGUGUCCGGCGAGGGCCAGUACAUUGUGGGGCUGGCAGCGACCACGGCCAGUGGCACGGUGCACACCAGCCGCACGGGAUACUUUCCUAUAUUGGAGAAAAUAAGCAAUUUGUCUAUGGAGAUUGGUGAAGCAGAGAGCGGGUGGCGCGUUCGGGUGCGCUGGGCUCGGCCGCGCACCGCACCAUUACAGUACAACGCGACACUUUACGCUGAUACUGUAUAUAAUAUGGUGGUUCCAGGGAAUAAUACUGAAGUAAUAUUUGACGAGGUAUACGGUGAAGGUCUUUUUAAUAUAAGUUUGAUGUCGACAUCGACCACUGGCACAGCGUACACCAGCAGCGAGGGAUAUUUCCCAAGUGAGAAGUCAAGCAAUAUGACUGUGAAAGUGUCAGAAGGUGAGAACGGUGGGUGGAGAGUGCGGGCGAGCUGGCCGCGCGCCGCGCACUCGCCCGACCUGUAUAAUGCUACCUUAUACGCUGAUUCUAUCUACACCAUUAUUAUACCAGGGAACUCAACUGAAGCGGUAUUUGAUGAGGUUUUUAGUGAAGGUGCAUUUAACGUGACGUUGUCAUCGACUUCAGGGAAGCAGCUGUUCGUCAACCAACAAGGAUAUUUACCACGUGUGGCGCACCCCGUGAGCGUGGGCGUGGCGGUGUGCGCGGCGUGGCUGAGCGCGCUGCUGUUCGUCGUCGCAGUCUCCGCGCUCCUCUACCUCAACAAGAGACGCUCCGAUAAAGACAAGUUCGAAUAUUUUCAGGAUCUGAAGGACAAGCUGUACAAGGAGGUGGUGCCGGAGGUGGCGCCGGAGGCGGGGGCGGAGGCGGGGGCGGAGGUGGAGGCGGAGGCGGGAGGUGACAGAUGGGAGGUGAGCGCGGCGCGGCUCGCGCUGCACGAGCUGGUGGGCGAGGGCGCGUUCGGGCGCGUGCGCCGCGCCACGCUCGCGCCCGCCACACAAGUCGCCGUCAAAAUGCUCAAAGAGUACCCGACGGCGGAGGAGUUGCGGUCGUUCCGCGCGGAAAUGGAGCUGAUGAAGAGCGUGGGGUCGCACGCGCACGUGGUCAGCCUGCUGGGCUGCUGCAGCGGCCGCACGCCGCUCAUCGUCGUCGAGUACUGCAGCCGCGGAGACCUGCUCACAUUCCUAAGGAACUCCUGGGAUGUGAUGAUAACGAAACGCAACGCAAGAUACUACAACACCAAAGACAAUCUGGAACAUCUGACGAGUUUGUUCAAAGAAGAAGACUGCGACCAAAGCAAGGCUGUCGUCAACAAGCUGUACGACUUGCAGGACGUCUGCGACGAGCUCACAUUCCUCGACCUCCUCUCGUUCUGUCGACAAAUCGCGAUGGGAAUGGAGUUCCUCGCUUCCAACAGAGUUGUGCACAGAGAUCUUGCGGCGAGGAAUGUUCUGGUGACCGGCGACAAGACGCUGAAAAUUGCAGACUUCGGUCUUUCGCGUGACGUCUACCAACAGAACCUGUACAAGCAAAAGGGGAAUGGAAAGUUACCUAUAAAGUGGAUGGCACUGGAAUCUUUGACACAUCGAAUAUUUACUACUCAUAGUGAUGUAUGGUCGUUCGGCGUGGUGAUGUGGGAGGUGUUGUCUGUGGGCGGCGCGCCGUACCCCGCGGUGGCGGCCGCGCGCUUGCCGCGACUGCUGCGCGCCGGGUACCGCAUGCCGCGCCCCGCCAACUGCACCCCGCAACUUUACGAGGUGAUAAUGGGCUGUUGGCGCGUGCGGCCAAACGAGCGGCCGACGUUCGCGCAGCUGCGGGAGAGGCUCGACGCGCUGCUCUCCGCCGCCGCAUCCGACCACUACCUCACACUGGACCUGCCCGCAGACCCGCCGUCCCCCGCUGCCCCCCACACCGCGCCACCGCCACACAACACACUCCUCCUCAAUGGCAAGGAAGAAUGGGAACGAAGUCUUAAAUACGAGCGUCCGAGCGCGCUCAGCAACCGCUACACCUCGCCACCGGUCACACAGACCGCGUGACAGGCGACGUGACGAGUAACGCUGCGGGACAACGCGAUGUCACUGCAACAUUGUAAAAUAUUUGUACAGUAAUUAUAAAUUAACAUGUAAUAAGA